ACCCCAAAACCCCAGAAACUCAUAAAAAUAUUGAUUCCCUAAUUUCCAAAUAUGAAAACGUGUAAGCCCAAGUUCAAACCGAGUUUCCAAAAGAUCAAGCCAUCUUUGCGCUUAAUGAGAAGUAACAGGACUGCCAAGAAGCCAGUUGAUCGAACACCAAAAUAAAGGCGGGUUUACAGUAAAUCCAUUCAAGAAAUUUCUGAGGUCUAAGAGAUCGAGCAAGAGAUUUCCCAACACAGUCUUUGGGAAUAAAAUGGCUAAGAACAACCUUAGAAAAUUUCAUCUACUGAACAAGGAGGUCAGGAGUGUUUCUCCAAGAAAAAGAAAUCUUGAUGUGAUGAAUAACCUAACUCCCCAUAAGCCAAGACCUAGCCUUUAAAUAUCAAAAAUUUCACAUAAACAAGGUGGCAAGCCCAAUGCUUAAGAACUUGAGACUAGCCAAAGUAAACAACAGGAGAGUGAGUAAGAUCAAAAAGGCUGAGUACUCCGGACAGUUCUGCCUCCGACUGAAGAAGCCUAAAAAGAAAAGCGUAACCCAACUCCAAGGCUUGAUAAGCGUGAUAAAGAAGAAAGGUCUGAAGAGAAUCGAUGAAAUUGAGCCACCCAAAGCGAUGAAGAAUAGAGUGAUGUCUCAGACAAAAUAUGAUAUUGCGGAGAACUAUAGAUAUUCAAACUUCUCCGUAUUAAGCUCAAGGAAUAAUGAACAAAUUAGGAACAUCAAGAGCUUCCAUGAAUUAGACCAGGAGGACUACAUGAGACGUAAAAGCUCCUUAUUUCAUCAGUUCGAGGUUUAUAAGUCUAUUGAUGCAGAUGAUAGCUCUCCCAGCAUCCUUAGCAAAUAUCUUAGUGUGGAUAAUUUUGAAGACGAACAAAAUAAAACGUGCCUACCGAAGCUGGCAAAUCAUGAUGGUGAAGACUUUUUCACCUUUACUCCGAAGAAUAAGACUUAA